CUAGUUCCUCUUUCAAACAACCUAACGGACGGUCCAGAUCUGGUCAUCGGCACUCCACAAGUUGCUCGAUCUUUAACAGCGCGUCCUUUCCUUAUUUAAACCCGCCCUCCCCAAUUUCCUCGCAUCCCAACCCCUAUUUUAGUUUUACCCAUUCGUCGUCUUCUUCCUCCCGAAAAUAGAAAAAAAAAAAACCCAAAACCAGAGAGCUCUGCGCCACCACCACUGCCACUUUUCCAUCUCUCAUUUUCGGUUGAUUAUCUCUAUCUGAAACGAAACGAUGUCGUCGCCCGAGAAGGAGAGAGAGACCCAGGUUUACAUGGCCAAGCUCGCCGAGCAGGCCGAGCGUUACGAAGAAAUGGUUGAGUGUAUGAAGAAAGUUGCAAAACUGGACCUUGAGCUGACCGUGGAGGAGAGGAAUCUUCUUUCUGUGGGAUACAAAAAUGUCAUAGGUGCUCGACGGGCCUCUUGGCGAAUCAUGUCUUCCAUUGAGCAAAAGGAAGAGUCUAAGGGGAAUGAGAACAAUGUCAAACUGAUCAAGGGUUACCGCCAGAAGGUGGAGGAGGAACUCUCCAAGAUUUGCAAUGACAUUCUGUCUAUCAUAGACAAGCACCUGAUCCCCUCUUCUACCUCUGGAGAGGCCACUGUUUUCUACUACAAAAUGAAAGGUGACUAUUACCGGUACCUUGCUGAGUUCAAGACCGACCAGGACAGAAAAGAGGCAGCUGAGCAGUCACUCAAGGGAUAUGAGGCUGCUUCAGCCACUGCAAACACAGAUCUCCCAUCAACCCACCCGAUCCGUCUUGGUCUAGCCCUCAACUUUUCUGUCUUCUACUAUGAGAUUAUGAAUUCUCCUGAGAGGGCUUGCCAUUUGGCUAAACAAGCAUUUGAUGAGGCAAUUGCAGAGUUGGACACCUUGAGUGAGGAGUCAUACAAGGACAGCACCCUUAUUAUGCAAUUGUUGAGAGACAACCUCACUCUCUGGACCUCUGAUUUGCCUGAAGAUGGAGGUGACGACAAUUUCAAAGGUGAAGAAACCAAACCAGCAGAACCUGCAACUGCGGCGACUUGAUGGGUACCUGAAAAAUAGCACGGCACAUGGCAAGUGGAAAAGACUUUUGCAAAAGGCGACCUUUAGCUUUUCUCACUCAGUUUUCGCGAGGGGAUUGACUGAAGGACGUACACCCUUUUUUUCUUCUUCUUCUUCAGUUUUCAUGAUAUUGAUCCUUCUAGGUUCCAAAGAAGAUAGGAAUUGAUCAAUUUUUAUAUAAAAAAUUUGGAUUUAUGCUUUUGCUACAUGUUCGUUUA